AUGGAUAAUAGUCCGCCACCACCCUCGGCGUUAAAUAACUUCCGAAUCUUGUACCUGGUGACGCAGCUGGUCGGCAUCACGAUCAUCAUUCUGGUGAGCUGCUGGAUCGGCAUCCAUCUGAACGGGCUGGGCUGGUCGUCCCGCCCAUCCAUACAGUUCAACUGGCAUCCACUGCUCAUGUCGGUUGGCAUGAUAUUCCUCUACGGCAACUCCAUCCUGAUCUACCGUGGAUUCCGGUACGCUCGUAAGAAGCCGCUUAAGAUAACGCACGCAACAAUCCACGGUGCUGCGUUCAUCUUUACCGUGGUGGCGUUGGUGGCCGUGUUCGAUUCGCACAACCUCGCCAAACCAAAUCCGAUCCCGAACAUGUACACGCUACACUCUUGGGUUGGAUUGUCCGCCGUGUUACUGUUUUCGCUACAGUACGUCUUCGGGUUCGCGGCCUAUCUGUUCCCGGGUGUACGUGAACAGCUGCGAGCAUCAUACAUGCCGGUGCAUGUAUUUUUCGGCGUAGCAGGAUUCGUAAUGGCCAUCGCCGCCGCACUGUUGGGUCUACUGGAAAAAGCCAUUUUCUCUGUCCAGAACUAUUCCGCUCUACCACCACAGGCUGUUCUGAUCAAUACGAUCGGUUUGCUCUACAUCGUUUACGGUGGGUUGGUCGUAUUUCUCGUGACCGAACGGCAGUACAAGCGUCAUCCCCUGCCGGAAGAUGUCAUGCUACUGACGCACAGUGCUAGCGUCGGAUCAUCGUAA